AGCACGAAAAUAAACAACAUCAGUCGUUCUCCAACUCCAGCCCAGAGCAAGCGAUCGUUCCUUAUCAAUCUUAUCAAUCCCGAUUACUCUACUGCUAGCUCACCGAAACGGGAUGGCAAACCUGGUACAUAUAGCGCUCCUGUUGCUUCCGGUGCUGGUUUGCGGUGGACCGGAAGAGAAAGAAGGAGUCAAAUAUGCCAGCAAAUGUGAAGCCUGUAAAAUUCUAGCCACCGAACUUCAGGCUCGCCUUUCGGAAACGGGCAAAUCGCACGACGUUAUAGAGUUGGGAUACUCCGUAGAUGACGUGAAGCCCAAGAAGCGAACCGAGUACCGAAGAAGCGAGCUCCGAUUGCUGGAAUCUAUGGAGAACGUGUGCGAUCGGGUCCUCGAGUACAACAUCCACAAGGAGCGCAAGGACAGCACGCGCUUCGCCAAGGGUAUGUCGCAAACGUUUCAAACCCUGCACGGACUGGUAGACAAAGGAGUCAAGGUCGACCUAGGUAUACCGUACGAGCUGUGGGACAAACCGUCGGCCGAAAUUACCCAGAUGAAGACGCAGUGCGAAACGAUGGUGGAGAAUUUCGAGGACGUUAUCGAGAAGUGGUAUUUCAACAAGCAGGAAGAGAUUCCACUCAUCAAGUAUUUGUGCGAGGAUCGAGUGCUGAAAUCCAAUGACCAUCAGUGUUUGUACGAAAAGCUGGAAGCGAAGGCCGACGAGGGCGAUGCUGACGAUAAGAAAGAUCAGAAAGAGGAACUGUGAGGCUUGCCUUGGCUAGGUCAUUGUCAUCCAAUUGAAACCUCGAACUGAUUACUGUUUUAAUGUAAUUAUUUUUACGUAAGAAUUUACAUACUCGCUAGGUAAAGUUUUAGAUUAUCUGUAAUUUAGGAAUAAUAAAAGUUAGCCAUACCCAAAUAAAAUCAUUCUACCUUUAAGUGUGUGAAUGUUACCUUCAAUAAAAGCCUCGUUUCUAAAUAAAUUA